CAAACGGAAAGUCUGGAAAAGUAAAACGCCAAACGAGGACUACAGUUCCCAUGAGCUCAGGAAAGGAAACGCGUCACCCGGGUUUUCAUAAGGCAUGCUGGGAACAGGCCCUCUCUCUUUCCGGCUGGUACGCCAUCAUUUAAGUCAACAUGGGAGCCUAUAGGUAUAUGCAGGAGUUAUGGCGCAAGAAGCAGUCCGAUGUGAUGCGCUUCCUGCUCCGUGUUCGCUGCUGGCAGUACCGUCAGCUGUCCAACCUCCACCGUGCUCCUAGACCCACCAGGCCUGACAAGGCUCGCAGGCUGGGCUACAAGGCCAAGCAGGGCUACGUAAUCUACCGUAUCCGUGUUCGCCGUGGAGGCCGCAAGAAGCCUGUGCCCAAGGGUGCCACCUAUGGCAAGCCAGUGCACCAUGGCGUCAACCAGAUCAAGUUUGCCCGCAGUUUGCAGUCCACUGCUGAGGAGCGCGCUGGCCGUCACUGCGGAGCCCUGCGAGUGCUGAACUCUUACUGGGUAGGGGAGGACUCCACCUACAAGUUCUUCGAAGUGAUUCUGAUCGACCCCUUCCACAAGGCCGUCAGACGCAACCCAGACACCCAAUGGAUCACAAAGGCUGUGCACAAGCACAGAGAGAUGCGUGGCCUGACAUCUGCAGGAAAGAAGAGCCGCGGCUUGGGCAAGGGCCACAAGUUCCACCUGACCAUCGGAGGCUCCCGCCGUGCAGCCUGGAAGAGGCGCAACACCCUGCAGCUGCACCGCUAUCGUUAGAGCACGCCACACAUGUCUGUACAUUUAAACAAAUAAACAGCCCUUUUUAUGGUCACA